UUUGGCGAUAACCUUACCUCUCCAACUAAUGGAGUUUUUGGGCUUAUAUGGCAUGUACAAGCGUUUGUUUCCGCUUCUUGCUUACAAUAUCACUUUUUCUUACAACGACAAAAUGCACGAAAACAAGAGGAACCUUUUCCGAGACUUGUGUAAAUUCUGCAACACGGAUGGUACACUUCGACUUCUGGAGAUUGGCUGCGGUAGUGGGGCCAACUUCAAAUACUACCCAUACGGUUGCACGGUCAUUUGCACAGACCCCAACCCUCACUUUGAGAAGUACCUGCAGAUGAGUAUGACAGCAAGCAACCACCUGACCUAUGAAAGCUUUGUGGUUGCCUCAGGAGAGGACCUGAUGGCAGUGCAAGAUGAGUCAGUGGAUGUUGUUGUCUGCACGCUUGUGCUGUGUUCUGUCAACAACGUGCCACAGGUACUGGAAGAGGCAAGACGGAUACUCCGAAAAGGUGGUGCUCUGUACUUUCUGGAGCAUGUAGAGUCAGACCCCUCCUCUUGGAUAUACUUCUUCCAACACAUGCUCCAGCCAAUGUGGUACUACCUGGGGGACGGCUGCAUGGUUACCAGGGCAACGUGGAGAGAUCUGGAGGCUGCUGGGUUCUCAGAGAUCCAGCUCCGACACAUUGAGGCUCCGCGGGUCACUUUCAUGAUCAAACCACACAUUCUUGGAUAUGCCAUCAAGUGAACGUUUCAUUCAACUGUUAAAGUCAAACUGUAUUUUUUUUAAUCUACAUAUUAUAUACUUUCACUAACUUUUCUAAAAAGAUUUGGGCAAUAUUAAGCAACUGUGAAUUAAAGUCACUUCCUGCUAUUCACACCUUAUUUGCCAUUCAGUUUAGGAAUGAAUGAAAUUGACUAUGUUGCAGUAACAACAGAGUAGCUAUAACUGUAUACUACUACUCUCUACUCAGCCCACUUCGACCUUGGUGGCUUGAGGUCCCCAGUGGAGAUUAGCUGUUGAUUGUGGUUUUUUUUAUAGUGUUUUUAGCAGUCUCCUCUGUUGGAAGGUCUUGUCUUCUAUAGCCAGUAGAAGAUAGUGCUCCAUUCUACUCUUUGUUUAUGUACAGCUCUUCACUCCAAUGUGAGGCCUCUGUCGAUAAUAGCAUUUCCACCAAUACAGCCAUUCACUUCGCAGGUUUCCAUUUCCCCAUGCUUAUUCGACAAAAUCAAUGUCGCAAAAAAUUAUAAUUGCGAAAUGUGUCAUGGAAACAGCAGAUAGACAACAUGUUUUAUCUGUUCACCCGGGGUGGCUUUUUCUUUUGUCUAACUUUAUUGCAACAAAUGAUGAUGGAAACUCUAUUUUUC